UUAUCGUAGCUAUAUAUAUGGUCUAAGAUUUCCUGCAAUUUCAAGGCAUUUUUGUAAGUUUGUUAAAAUGUCGAAGAGUGCACUGGUUAUCUUGGCUCCUGGGGCUGAGGAAAUGGAGUUCAUCAUAGCCGCCGAUGUUUUGAGACGUGCGGGGAUCAAGGUCACCGUUGCCGGCUUGAACGAUGCGGAGGCGGUGAAAUGCUCUCGGGAUGUGCAAAUACUUCCUGAUACCUCGCUGGCCAAGGUAUCCUCCGAUAAGUUCGAUGUGGUGGUUCUGCCCGGAGGAUUGGGAGGUUCCAAUGCCAUGGGAGAGUCUUCGCUGGUUGGGGAUAUCCUCAAGAACCAGGAAUCCAGCGGAGGUCUCAUCGCCGCUAUUUGUGCCGCCCCCACCGUGCUGGCCAAACAUGGAAUCGCCUCGGGAAAGUCCCUCACCUCAUAUCCCUCGAUGAAGCCCCAUCUGGUCGAUAAGUACAGCUAUGUGGAUGACAAGAAUGUGGUUCAGGAUGGAAAUCUCAUCACUAGUCGAGGUCCAGGAACGGCCUAUGAAUUUGCUCUUAAAAUUGCCGAAGAAUUGGCGGGCAAGGAAAAAGUCCAGGAAGUCGCAAAGGGUCUUCUUGUAGCCUAUUAAAGUCACAAAUGGGUACUUUCAUUUAAUAUUUAUUGAAGAGCUGUCACAGGAAUUGUUUUAAACAAUUUAUGUAACCAGAACUGAAUUACUAC